GACAGCCCUGGGAUCCUGCGAAUCCACCAGCCUCCGCCUCCGCCUUGGCAGCAGCUCAACUCUCUCUCUCUCGACUAGACCUCAUUCUUCAAUCACCGGUCUGCGAGCUAGAAUCCCCGCCUCUAGACCCCUCCUUGGACCUCCCAACUACACCGCCUCCCCCUCGGUCUGCGCAGCACAUCGUGCACUCGUGCCGUCGCUUACACCGCGCACCGCACAUUCACGCACCUCCGACCACUCGCUCCGAGCCCGCUUGAGCCGCAGGAGUUGCCGCCAGUCGCUAGUGACGUCCAUUGUCCGAUCCUCCCACCGAAUACAUCGACGGAGUAGUCCGAUUUUCAACCACGCUGCUAUUUAAACCAUUUUUGCCCUUAGCAGUCUUUAACUACCCACCACCACCACUACCACCACCACCACCUUCCUCGACCCCCCCAUCGCCACCGCGCACAGCGCUUAGAACAUCAAGAUGGGUCUCUCACGGCAGGCUAGGAUCAUCACGCUCUUGGUCAUUGACACGGCCUUCUUCUUCCUGGAGCUCAUUGUCGGCUAUGCGGUUGGCUCGCUCGCUCUCGUCGCCGACUCGUUCCACAUGCUCAAUGAUGUGCUUUCGCUCAUUGUAGCCCUGUACACGAUCAAGCUCGCCACCUCGCCGUCAUCGGCCGAGAACUCGUACGGCUGGCAGCGCGCGGAGAUCCUCGGCGCCCUCAUCAACGGCGUCUUCCUCAUCGCUCUCUGCUCCACCAUCGCUCUCGAGGCCAUUGGCCGUAUCGUGUCUCCCCCUGAGAUCACCAACCCCCGCCUGAUCGUCCUGGUCGGAAGCUUGGGUCUGCUCAGCAACAUUGUUGGCCUGAUUCUCUUCCACGAGCACGGCCACUCACACGGCGGCCACUCGCAUGGACCUGUCGCGCUUCCUGUCCAGCCCGACGAGCCCCUUGACCAGUCUUCGGACGCGGUCGUCGUCCGCCGCAAGCGUGCCGACUCGAUCGACUCGCUGUACCAGCACCCCGCCGAGACCCGCGCUCAGAUCAUCGAGACGGCCCACAACCUGUCCCAGUCGGUCGACGAGACUUCGUUCCUCUCCAAGAGCCCCCGAGACCACACUGGUCGCCACCCCUCUAUCAGCCGUCGCAACUACGGUUCUGUCAGCCGUACCCGCCAGAGUGUCUCUAAGAACGUCAAGGUUCCCAACCCCGGCUCCAACGAGACGAUUCCCCCUCCGUCGACCUCGACUGAGGGUUCCUCCUCUGCUGGCACCUCGACCGCUGUCGACGAGACCGCUGUCAACACGCCUACCAACGAUGUUGUCAAGGCCCACGACCACGACCAUGACCACGCCGACAGCGCCGACGCCGCCGAGCGCGGCGGCAACCACGCUGGCCACAACCACGGUGCCGCCGGCGGCCACGGUUCUCACGGUUCGAUGAACAUGCACGGCGUGUUCCUCCACGUUCUUGGCGACGCUCUCGGCAACGUCGGCGUCAUCGCCGCCGGUCUCGUCAUCUGGUUCUUUGAAGGCCGCUGGACCCUGUACUUUGACCCAGGUGUCUCUCUGCUCAUCACGGUCAUCAUCUUCAACUCGGCGCUCCCUCUCGUCAAGUCGGCCUCGGCCAUCCUCAUGCAGGGCGUGCCUACGCACGUCUCGCUCGAGGACGUCCGCAGCGCCAUCAAGUCGGUCCCUGGUGUGGUGUCGGUCCACGAGCUUCACGUGUGGCAGCUGUCCGAGACGACGGUCGUCGCGUCGGUGCACGUUCUCAUCCUCCGCGGCUCCGACUACAUGCAGGUGGCCAACGAGAUCCGCCACGUGCUCCACAGCCACGGCAUCCACUCGGUGACCAUCCAGCCCGAGUUCUCGGAUGCCGCCGGCGAGUCGGACGAUGACGCCGAUGCCGGUGAGAGAUCGUGCCUGAUCCGCUGCCCGCCCGAGCAGUGCGUCGCCGACACGUGCUGCCCGCCGGUUGCCGAGGAGCGCGAGACUGCGUCCAACUCGUCCAACCACUCUGGCGAGCACGCACACUAAAACCCGGGUCUGCAAUUGCACGACUCUUUGGCCACGACGGGCCGGCAGAGGGUGGGAUGAGAACACAGCGGCAGCGCAGCAAGUGUAACUAAAAUGGUAUACCCCCACAACUAUAGACCACCCAUCAACAUCAGUAGCACAGAAACAAUGCCACACUGUAGCUGAUUA